AGGGAUGGAUUGUUAGGAAGCAUGUAAAUUUUGGCUCUAAAUUUCACUGAAGCAUUUUUUGCUGUUAUCAAAGCCAUGAUACUGAGGGGUGCAUCAGAAUUGUUAAAGCUCCUACUACAGAGUAGGGCUUCUCCUUGGUAUUCAACCAAUCAUGGCUCUUCAAUUCUGAACCUACUGUCAUUGCAACAAUCACAUGUGUCAACUUUAUCUUUGAAGUGCAAUGACAGGAAGCUUUUUUCACCCUCAAUAGAAAACAAUUCCUCAAGAGAUCUUUUUACCUCUGGUAGUGAAACUCAUUGUGGAUUGCAAAUUUAUAGAAAUAAUAAUUUUCUUAGACAAUCUAGUAAUACAUCAGGAAUUAUCUCAAAGCAUCAAUUUUGGAGAAUAAUGAACAAUAUACAGUAUGGAAAUCACCAGGUAUCUUCUUAUAUUUUUAUUAGUAAUUACACUUGUACCAGAGAGUUCAAAUUGUACCAUUGUAAAUCUGUACAGAAACGCAAUACUAGUCCCAACAUUAGAAUUAGUGAUGAAGUUGCAGACAAGUCUAGUAUUGACUGUCUGAAAGUGGUUGCUGUUGAAAAGCACACAGGAAAAUUUCCCACUACCAAUCCUUCACUGAGGACAAGUGAUGGCAUCUCCAACACGGACUUUGAUGUUCACUUGACCCCAGCUCAGAAAUUUGUGAAUGGUUGCCCACAAAGUUCACAGCCAUAUCUCCAACUGCUCAGAAUUGACAGACCAAUUGGCACAUGGCUUCUCUUCUGGCCAUGUGGCUGGGGCCUGGCCAUUGCUGCAGGACCUGGCUGCUGGCCCGACCCAUGGCUGAUGGCCAUCUUUGGCAUGGGGGCUUUGGUGAUGAGAGGAGCUGGCUGCACAAUCAAUGAUCUUUGGGACAGAGAUAUAGACAAGAAGGUGGAACGCACAAGAGAUCGUCCCCUGGCGAGUGGGACGGUGAACCUACUGGACGCAAUAGUGUUCCUAGGAGGGCAGCUGAGUGUGGGUUUGCUGCUGCUGCUGCAGCUCAAUUGGCAAGCAGUCUUGCUGGGCGCCUCAUCCCUGGGUCUGGUGUGCAUGUACCCGCUGGUGAAGCGAGUGUCCUACUGGCCACAGCUGGUGCUGGGCCUCACCUUCAACUGGGGCGCGCUGCUGGGCUGGUGCGCUGUGCACGGCAGCAUCUCGGCCUUGCCGGUGGUGCCGCUCUAUCUUGCCGGCGUCUGCUGGACUCUCAUCUAUGAUACUAUUUAUGCACAUCAGGACAAGGCUGAUGACGCAUGCAUAGGCAUCAAGUCAACGGCGCUGAAGUUCGGCAGCAACACGCCGGUGUGGCUGAGUGGUUUUGGUGUUGCCAUGGGAGGCUGCCUGGCGCUAGCAGGCUACUCGGCAGGCUUAGCUUGGCCGCACUACGUCGCCACCACCGCCGCUGCCGCACACAUCUCACAUCAGAUAUGGCAUCUGGAUAUCGACAACAGAGCCCAGUGCGGCAAACUCUUCCGCCGCAACCGCCAUGUUGGCCUUCUAGUCUUCCUGGGCCUCGUCGGCGGCUCUGUCUUGGCCCAGGAGAACAACGGCCAGCAAACUCAGCCAGAUAAUUGGACCCAGACCGGGUCCCCUGUGAAGCCAAAUUUACUCAACGAAUAAAUAAUUUUUAAAUCGCUUAGUAUAUUUUUUCUUCUUGUGUGCCUAAAUUACUUGAGCUAAGGUCAUAAAUUGAGCCUUAUAUUCGAAAUCUUGCAAUAGUCAUUAAAAAUAUUUGAUAUUUUAGGGUGCUCAAUGCAUGUUUCAGCUGUUUUAGAUGCUGCUGAUGUAAAUGUGUGCGUUAAAUGCAUCAUCAAAUAUUGCCAUUGUGCCAUGAUUUGAUGCGCUGCUACUAUAUUGUUUUCAAUUUAGAAGAUUUUGAGAAAAUGAGAAGGAUGUAUAGCUCCUAAAAAAGUUAUUGUCCUAAUCAAUUUGAUAUACAGGAAUGUGCCGUAGAAAGUCUCGACUCAACCUGUGUCUGUGAUCGCCUAAUAAUUAUCCUGUUUCUGUAUUCAUAUGAAGAUCUUUGUGUAGAUCAAGUGCCUUGUUGUUUUGUCUGCAAGUGUCUGUUGUUCAUGUUUGAUUGUUUUGACUGCAUUUUAAUUAAUUUUUCUUUAUGUGCCAUGCUUCCUAACUGUUGGGAUGUAAUGCUAAUUUUUAUUGUAAAGUAAUCAAUGACAUUCUUGGGAUGAAUGAUGAACCCGUUUUAUUAUAACGAAAGUACAAUACCUAUAUCUUUCAAAUGUUUCAAUUCUUUACAUUUUCUGUCACUGUGCAUACAAAUACACGGGAAAGUAGCUAA